CGCUGAGCUUUGUGAAUGGCCCGUAGUCUUCUGGGACCUGUCUGCAGUCUCUGGUCAUCUCCUGUACUUUGUCUGCAAUCUCUGGUAACCCUGUGCUAUAUGUCUGCAGUCUCUGGUCAUCUCCUGUACUAUGUCUGCAGGCUCUGGUCAUCUCCUGUACUUUGUCUGCAGUCUCUGGUAACCCUGUACUAUGUCCUCAGUCUCUGGUCAUCUCCUGUAUUUUGUCCGCAGUCUCUGGUCAUCUCCUGUACUUUGUCCGCAGUCUCUGGUCAUCUCCUGUACUUUGUCCGCAGUCUCUGGUCAUCUCCUGUACUAUGUCCGCAGUCUCUGCUCAUCCCCUCUACUAUGUCCGCAGUCUCUGGUCAUCUCCUGUGCUUUGUCCGCAGUCUCUGGUCAUCUCCUGUACUAUGUAUGCAGUCUCUGGUCAUCUCCUGUGCUAUGUCUGCAGUCUCUGGUCAUAUGCUGUACUAUGUCUGCAGUCUCUGGUCAUCCCCUGUACUAUGUCCACAGUCUCUGGUCAUCUCCUGUACUAUGUCCGCAGUCUCUUGUCAUCCCCUGUACUAUGUCUGCAGUCUCUGAUCAUCUCCUG